GGAUCAUUUGUCCUGGGCGAUCACAAAUACUUUAGCUACGCAGGUUGAAGAGAACGAUCCAUUUGGAAAUUUUGAUAAAUGUCGAUCCCCAUGACGUCAGCCACAAUCCUCCAGCAACAUUGAAACAGCCACCUCGAGGGGUUGGCAUUCCAUGCCAAUGACUAUAAAUAUCUCUCACCCUGCUUUUCUGAGCCAGUCUCUCAAUCCUUCAUUCACAACCACCCACCAUGAAGCUCACUCUCCUUACCAUGCUCAGCGCACUUAGCGUUACCUGGGCCAUUCCAUUUACAAGUGGCGCAGACAAUGUUCUAGCUCGCCGUGAUGCUGAAUGUGACUUUUGUAAAGAUGUCAAUGGUCGCAUGAUUCAGGAAAUUGGUAAUUUCCGCACGGAAGAGAAAAUUGUCAGCACAUUGGAAAAUAUUUGCUCGCUUUAUAAGAGAAGCGAACAGUCCAAAUGUGAUAAUUUCAUUGAGAAGAACGCCAACGAGUUGAUUCAUAUUUUGGUUGAAGAAAGCGACCCUAGCGCUGCUUGCACACUCCUUGGAUCCUGUGUUUAAUUUAAGCAUGAUGUUGUGAAAAUGAUCCUGUUGCGAUCCUGUAUGUGAAUACUAUCUGUGAACCCUGUGUUAGAGAUAUCUUGCGGGCUUGCAUCAGAAAUUGAAAACGCUCUUGUUGCUACUAGUUCGAGCGUGUUCUCAGUGUACUAGCGCACGUAAAAGUGAAAGGACGUUGUGAUGUAUGUAUAUGUUACGGACCCUGUGACAUAGGCUAUCUAGAUCGUGACUGUUCCUGGGAGACAAACACUGGAC